UUUCAGUCCUGAUUUCAGUGUUGCAGAACAAGCUUGUGGUGUGUGUGUGCACCAGGGGGAUUUUUCUUUUCUUUUCUUUUCUUUUAAAUUUUAAUUUUUGCUUUUAUAAAAAAUACACAGGACGGUCUGUGACAUUUGAUGGUCCAUCUUCUUUAAUAAUAAAUUUGUUGAAGAGAUUAUAAUUUCCAAAAUAAAGCGGCUGCAACCAAACACAUUCAAUGCAGUUAGAAGGAAAAGGUCAACUCGAUCCAAUACAGACCGAAAAGGUGGACCUGGACUGAAGGGUGUAAAAUCUCUGGACACAUUCCUGGGGCAGGAAAAAGAAGAGGAAGAUUAGAAGAUCUUUUUUUUUUUUUUUUUUUUUUUUUUAAGAGAAAGCCCAGCGGAGCUAAACGAAUGUCCCCUCAUCUCCAAAGGAAAGUUCAUCGGAUUUUUAUUCUAGAGAGCCCAUCUUCAGGAUGUCAGUGAACAUUUCUGCUGCAGGAAAAGGUGUGGAUCCAAAUACGGUUGAUACUUAUGACAGUGGUGAUGAUUGGGAAAUCGGGGUUGGAAAUCUAAUCAUUGAUUUGGACGCUGAUUUGGAGAAGGACAGACAGAAAUUUGAGAUGAAUAAUUCCACCAACACCACCAGCAGCAGCAACUCCAAGGAUUGUGGAGGUCUGGCCUCCGGUGGGGCCGGUGCUACCGCAGCCUUAGCUGAUGGCCUAAAAUUUGCUUCUGUUCAGCCCUCCGCUCAUGGGAAUUCACACAAAGAGACCAGCAAAUCAAAAGUGAAAAGGAGUAAAACUUCUAAGGAUGGUAAAUCUCUGCCUUCUGCCGCCUUGUAUGGGAUUCCCGAGAUCAGCGGCACUGGCAAGAGGCAGGAAGUCCAAGGGCGCCCUGGAGAGGCAACUGGCAUGAAUUCAGCGCUGGGUCAAAGUGUGAGCGGCGGCGGCGGCGGCGGCGGCGGCGGCAACCCAACGCAGUAUGCGGGCACCGGCCCCUCCGCUGCCCCCGCGGGGCGGCCUCCUGCGGGAAAGCAAGAGGAGAAGCCAGGUAAAAGCCAGAGCAGCCGAGGCGCCAAGCGGGAUAAGGAUGCGGGGAUCCGGAAGGACAAGCACGACCUGCUUCAGGGCCACCAGAAUGGCUGUGGUAGCCAGGCCCCUUCCGGGGGGCACCUCUAUGGCUUUGGGGAGAGCAAUGGAGGUGGCGCCAGCCCCUUCCACUGCGGGGGCGCUGGGAGUGGCAGCGUCGCGGCUGCUGGGGAAGUUAGCAAAAGUGCCCCGGAUUCAGGGCUCAUGGGAAACUCUGUGUUGGUAAAGAAGGAAGAGGAGGAGGAGGAUAGGCACAGGAGAGUGAAGAAACAGAACACAGAAAAGGUUGACCCCCUGUUUACAGUGCCAGCGCCGCCACCACCGAUUUCCAGCAGCCUCACGCCUCAGAUUCUGCCCUCCUACUUUCCCCCAUCUUCACCCAAUAUUGCAGCACCGGUCGAGCAGCUUUUGGUUCGGACUCGUUCCGUGGGUGUCAAUACGUGUGAAGUUGGAGUAGUGACAGAGCCCGAGUGUCUGGGGCCCUGUGAACCUGGGACCAGUGUGAAUUUGGAAGGGAUCGUGUGGCAUGAAACAGAAGAAGGUGUUCUAGUGGUCAAUGUCACGUGGAGGAACAAAACUUACGUAGGGACCCUGCUGGACUGCACCAAGCACGACUGGGCCCCUCCCAGGUUCUGUGAGUCCCCGACCAGCGACCUGGAGAUGAGAGGGGGCCGGGGCCGAGGGAAGAGAGCCAGGUCUGCCGCAGCGGCUCCAGGCUCGGAGGCCAGCUUCACGGAGUCCAGAGGGUUGCAGAACAAGAACAGAGGGGGGGCCAAUGGGAAGGGGAGGCGAGGCAGCCUCAAUGCCAGCGGGCGAAGGACACCCCCAAAUUGCGCCGCGGAGGACAUCAAAGCCAGCCCCUCCUCCACCAACAAAAGGAAAAACAAGCCCCCAAUGGAGCUGGACCUGAAUUCCAGCUCUGAGGACAACAAGCCCGGGAAGCGUGUCCGCACGAAUUCCAGAAGCACUCCAACCACUCCUCAAGGGAAACCAGAGACAACUUUUUUGGACCAAGGCUGCUCGUCUCCGGUGUUAAUCGACUGCCCCCACCCCAACUGCAACAAAAAGUACAAGCACAUUAACGGCCUGAGGUACCACCAGGCUCACGCACACUUAGACCCGGAGAACAAGCUGGAGUUCGAGCCCGACAGCGAGGACAAGAUCUCGGACUGCGAGGAGGCCUUGAGUCACGUGGCGCUCGAGUGCAGUGAGCCCAGCGCAAGCCUCUCGGCUUACGAGCAGGUGAAGGCGCCCGCCUCACCAGGCUCCGGGCACCCCCUUGGCACCCCCAAGGGAAAGAGAGAGCUGAUGAGCAACGGUCCGGGUUCUGUCAUUGGCUCUAAAGCGGGCAAGAACUCUGGCAAAAAGAAGGGCCUUCACAGUGAGCUGAACAACCUCCCGGUGAUCUCCAACAUGACGGCCACCCUGGACGGUUGCACGACGGCAGAUGGGAGCCUGGCCGCGGAGAUGCCCAAGCUGGAAGCGGAAGGCUUGAUCGAUAAGAAGACCGCGGGAGACAAGGAAAAGGGCAAGAAAGCCAACAACUGCAAAAUGGACAAAAAUCUCUCCAAACUUAAAACUGCCCGACCCAUCGCCCCUGCCCCUGCGCCCGCGCCCGCGCCCCCGCAACUCAUCGCCAUACCCACUGCAGCCUUUACGAGCACCACCACGGGGACCAUCCCCGGACUGCCCUCCCUCACCACGACUGUUGUGCAGGCCACACCAAAGAGCCCUCCAUUGAAACCCAUUCAGCCAAAGCCCACAAUUAUGGGGGAGCCCAUCACCGUGAACCCAGCUCUUGUGUCCCUCAAAGACAAAAAGAAGAAGGAGAAGCGGAAGCUUAAGGACAAAGAAGGGAAGGAGUCGGGGAGCCCCAAGCUGGAUGCCAAGCUGGGCAAACUCGAGGACGCCAAAGGGGCGGGGAAAGAUUUAUCUGGGCAUUUUUUAAAGGACCACCUCAGCAAGAGUGAAGGGCUGGCCAACGGACUGUCGGAGUCUCAGGAGAGCCGGAUGGCCAGCAUCAAAGCUGAGGCAGAUAAGGUUUACACUUUCACGGACAACGCCCCCAGCCCGUCCAUAGGCAGUGCCUCGAGGAUGGAAUGCAGCACUUUGGUGAACGGCCAGGCUCCCAUGGCCCCACUGCACGUGCUCACCCAAAACGGCGCAGAGACAUCGGCGGCCAAGACCAGCAGCCCUGCCUAUUCGGACAUUUCUGAUGCUGCGGACGAUGGCGGUUCCGACAGCCGGUCGGAGGGCAUGCGGUCCAAGGCCAGUUCUCCAUCAGACAUCAUUUCCAGUAAGGAGGGUGUUGUCAAAGGGCAUCCUUCGGCUACAGCACAGUCAUCUCAGAUGAAAGAGUCCCAUUCUCCCUACUACCAUGGUUAUGACCCUUACUAUUCUCCAAGUUACAUGCACCCUGGGCAGGUGGGAGCCCCUGCCGUUGGGAACGGUGGGAGCGCGCAGGCCAUGAAGAUCAAGAAGGAGUCCGAGGAGGACGCAGAAAAGAAAGACAAGGCGGAGCAGCUUGAUGCCAAGAAGAUGGACCAUACCUCAGCCCCCUUACAGCCCCAGCACCAGUCAGUGAUCACACAGAGACACCCAGCCCUAGCGCAGUCCCUUUACUAUGGCCAGUAUGCCUAUGGGCUCUAUAUGGACCAGAAGUCCCUGAUGGCCACCAGCCCUGCCUAUAGGCAGCAGUAUGAGAAGUACUAUGAGGACCAGAGGCUGGCAGAGCAGAAAAUGGCCCAAGCUGGCCGUGGAGAUUGCGACAGGAAAAAUGAGCUCCCCUUGAAAGAGCUGGGCAAGGAGGACAGUAAACAGAAAAUCCUGCCGUCUGCCACAAUCUCAAAAGCUCCCUCUACCCCGGAGCCUAACAAAACCCAUUCUAAACUAGGGCCGCCAGUGCCUAAUAAAACUGAGGAGACAGGUAAAUCACAGCUUCUCCCUGGUCACCAGCAGCACCUUCAGGCCGACAGCUUCAAAGCUAAGCAGAUGGAAAACCACCAGCUUAUUAAGGAGGCUGUAGAAAUGAAAUCUGUCAUGGACUCUAUGAAGCAGACAGGUGUAGACCCAACCUCGAGAUUUAAACAAGAUCCAGAUUCAAGGACAUGGCAUCAUUACGUAUACCAGCCCAAAUACCUGGAUCAGCAAAAGUCAGAAGAGCUUGAUAGGGACAAGAAAUUGAAAGAGGAUAGUCCCAGGAAGACCCCCACCAAGGACGGGGGUGUGCCCAGCCUUCCCGUAUCACUAACGAGCAUUAAAGAGGAGCCCAAAGAGGCCAAGCGUCCUGAUUCUCAGUCCCUGGAGGAGAGCAAGCUGAAAAACGACGAUGGGAAAACGCCCGUGAACUGGAAGGACUCUCGGGGAGCAAGAGUGGCGGUGUCCUCGCCCAUGAGUCAGCAUCAGUCCUACAUACAGUACUUGCAUGCUUAUCCUUACCCACAGAUGUAUGACCCCAGCCACCCUGCAUACCGGGCUGUCUCUCCCGUCCUAAUGCACAGUUACCCUGGGGCCUAUCUCUCUCCAGGAUUUCAUUAUCCUGUUUAUGGGAAGAUGUCAGGGAGAGAAGAGGCAGAGAAAGUCAAUAGCAGCCCUAGCAUCAACACGAAAACAUCCACGGAAUCGAAAGCCCUGGACUUGCUCCAGCAGCACGCCAACCAGUACCGCAGCAAGUCUCCCGCUCCCGUGGAAAAGGCGACUGCAGAGCGGGAGCGGGAGGCAGAGAGGGAGAGGGACCGCCACUCCCCCUUCGGCCAGCGGCACUUGCACACGCACCACCACACCCACGUUGGCAUGGGUUACCCACUAAUCCCUGGUCAAUAUGACCCUUUCCAAGGCUUGACCUCCGCUGCCCUCGUUGCCUCUCAGCAGGUGGCCGCCCAGGCAUCUGCAUCAGGAAUGUUUCCUGCACAAAGAAGGUAA